AUGUUCACUAGACAACUAGGAAGAUUAAUAAGGUCUUCUAAACUAAUUAAAAUAAAUAUAGUCAAAUCUUCAAAAAGAUCAUUUCAUUAUACAAAAUUAUGUUUAAAUACUUCAACUAUAUCUAACACAGAAUCAAUCAAAGAUCAAACUAUCCCAAAUUCAUUAACAAAUGAAACUCGUGACACCGCAAAAAUUAAUACAGAAGCUAAUUUGGCUACUCCAACAAAAGAAUCAAAAGAAGCAAAAGCAGAUGAACCCUUUGUACCCGUCAAAUUUUCAGAUUUUAAAAAAACUAAAUUUAUACAUCCAACAGUUUUAAAUGCAUUAAAAACAGCUGAAUUUGAGACAUUAACCCCAAUACAACAACAAGCUUUAAUACCAAUCAUUCAAUCUGAAAGGGGUGUUGUAUGUAGAGCUAAAACCGGUACUGGUAAAACAUUAACAUUUUUGAUACCAACUGUUGAAAGUGCAGUAAGGAGAAUAAUUAAAAAUCCAAAUUUCAAAGGAGUUGAUUCAAUCAUUGUUGCACCAACUAGAGAUUUAGCUUUACAAAUACGUGAUGAAUACGGGAGAGUAUGUCGUAAAAUACCGAAGAAAUACCAACCUAGAGUAUCAUUAAUUAUUGGUGGACAAAAAACCACAUUUAAUCCAAGAUCUCCUAGUGAAAUUGUUAUUACUACGCCAGGUAGAUUAGAAGCAGAUUUGAAAGAUAAGAGAUUUUCUCAAUGGUUUAAAAAUGUUGCUUAUAGAGUUUAUGAUGAAGCUGAUAGAUUAUUAGAUGUUGGAUUUGAACCACAAUUAAAUAGUAUUGAUGUUAUGUUGAAAAGAUUAAGAGAAGAUGAUAUAGAACCAAUGAAAUCUUUAUUAUUUAGUGCUACUGUUGAUGAUUCAAUAACAAAAUUUGCAAAGCAACAUAUUAAUAGAAAAUAUGAUUAUAUAAAUACUGUUCCAAAAAAUGAACCAGAAGUUCAUGAAAAUGUCACACAAGUUUUAUAUAAAUGUGAAGAUGGUGUUGAUAAAUUUCAAGCAUUCUUCAAGUAUGUCAUCAAUGUAAUUAAACAAGAAAGAAAUCCAAAAAUUAUUUUGUUUUUGCCAACCCAAACUGCUGUUGAAUGGUUUUAUGAAUAUUUAGAUGAAGCUUCAAACUCUCCGUCAUUAAUGGAUCAUUAUUUGGAUUUUGGUAUAUAUCAAUUACAUGGUGGUAGAUCAGCUUAUCAACGUAAACAAGCUUUAAAAAAUUUCAAAGAAUGUCAAAAGGGUUUAUUAAUUUCAACUGAUGUUGCAGCAAGAGGUAUUGAUGUGAAACAAGUUACUCAUGUCAUACAAUUAUAUCCAUCAUCCGAAGUUGCUGAUUAUGUUCAUAAAGUUGGUAGAACUGGUAGAAAUGGGGAAUUAGGUAAAGCUAUUUUAUUUAUUACCGAGAAUGAAUAUAAAUAUGUUCAAAGAUUGAAAAAAGAAAGGGGUGUUAAAUUUGAGGAAACCAUUACAAGUAAAACCGAUGAUUCUACUAUCAAUAUCAACAUGGAAGAAAUUAUGGGAAAUAUAAAUCCAAACUUACAACUGACGAAUGAAUUUUUUUUCACAUUUAUGAGUUAUAUAAUGCAAAUUAAAGGUGUUUAUAGAUUAGACGGUGAUGAUUUAGUUGAAGACAAUAUUCAAUUAUAUAGAACUUUGAUUAAGGAUGAAUUUGCUAAAUUAAAUGUUCAAUCCAUAAACAGAAUGAGACAUCAUUUAGAUAGAAGAAUAGUUAGAGAAUAUUUUGAACAUAAGACAGAUCAAGAAUUGAAUGAAUAUAGAGAAGAAGUUGAUAGAUCAAGUCACAAAAGAGCUGGUAGAUUCAGACCAAGAUCGAAUGAUGAAGAUGAAGAUGGGUAUCAAGAUAGAAAAAACUUAAGAGGUGGUAAUAGAUCUUACAAGAGAAAUUCAUUCAAUAAUGAUAGAAGAGAUGGAAGAGAUAAUUUCAAAUCAGGUGGUAACAAAAAAUUUGGGGAUAAUAAUAGAAGCCAUAAACGUUGGUAA